UUCUUGUUACCAAUGACUGUCAUUAUUUUCCAGCCUCCCAGCCCUGACCUGGCUGAUACAGAUCAGAUGGUGUCUGGAUAGAAGCUGCCCCAGUUCUGGGUCCAUGAUGUAUGCACCAGCUCAAUUUUCAAAAGCUGAUAAUUACCCUCCAGUUGAAUUUCAAAGAAGACAGCAAUUUUGGGACCCUAUUCGCCUAGCUCUUUUCACAUUGGUAAUUGUAGCAAUCAUAGGAAUUACGAUUGGCAUUGUUAGUCAUUACGUAGUUGAGGAUGAUAAGUCAUUUUAUUACCUUGCCUCUUUUCAAGUCACAAACGUAAAAUAUAGAGAAAAUUAUGGAAUAAAAACCUCAAAAGAGUUUACACAAAGGAGUCAUCAGAUUGAGAGAAUGAUGUCUAGGAUAUUUCGACGUUCUUCUGGAGCAGGUCGGUUUAUCAAAUCUCAUGUUAUCAAAAUAAGUCCAGAUGAAAAUGGUGUGAACAUUCUUAUGGUGCUCAUGUUUCGAUACCCAUCUACUAGUAGUGCUGAGUACAUAAGGAAAAUAAUUGAGAGGAUUUUAUAUCAAAGUCUGAAGACAAAAGAGAUGCCUUUGACUAUAAACAAACCAUCACUUACACUCACAUCUAUUGACAGCAAGAAGAUGAGGAAUCUUCUCAAUAGCCGCUGUGGAAUAAGGAUGACAUCUUCAAACAUGCCAUUACCAGCAUACACUUCUACAGAAAGGAUUGUCCAAGGAAGGGAAACAGCUAUGGAAGGGGAAUGGCCAUGGCAGGCCAGCCUCCAGCUCAAAGGGGCAGGCCAUCAGUGUGGAGCCAGCCUCAUCAGUAACACGUGGCUGCUCACAGCUGCUCACUGCUUCCGCAAAAAUAAAGACCCACGUCAAUGGAUUGCUACUUUUGGUACAACUAUUCAGCCACCCGCAGUGGAACGAAAUGUGGGGAAAAUCAUCCUUCAUGAAAAUUACUGUAGAGAAACAAAUGAAAAUGACAUUGCCCUGGCUCAACUUACCACCCGAGUUGAGUUUUCAAAUGUAGUCCAGAGAGUUUGCCUCCCAGAUUCAUCUAUAAAGUUGCCACCUAAAACAAGUGUAUUUGUUACAGGGUUUGGAUCCAUUGUAGACGACGGACCUACACAAAAUAAACUUCGGCAAGCCAGGGUGGAAACCAUAAGCAGUGAUGUGUGUAACAGAAAGGAUGUGUAUGAUGGUCUGAUCACUUCAGGAAUGUUAUGUGCUGGAUUCAUGGAAGGAAAAGUAGACGCAUGUAAGGGUGAUUCUGGUGGACCUCUGGUUUAUGAUAAUCAUGACAUCUGGUACCUUAUUGGUAUAGUAAGUUGGGGACAAUCAUGUGCUCUUCCCAAAAAACCUGGGGUCUACACGAGAGUGACUCAGUAUCGAAACUGGAUUGCCUCAAAGACUGGUAUCUAGUGUGAACUGCCCAUGAAUUAUAUCCAUGGCACACAAAGCUGAAACUCCUGCAUAUUGUACAUUAUUUAUAUUCAUGUGGUUUGGAUCAGUGCUUUUGCUGGAGGUCUCAGACCAACCCUUUGUGAUUGAACUCUCAACUCUAAGGGAAGAAGACACAGCAAAUGACAGGUAGCACUGACUCCUUGCUCACAAGGAAAACUGUGUUACUUAUUAACAAGAUGAAUACUUAUAAAUGGUUUUCCUCAAUGGAAGAUGAGGACCAUCAUUUUCCACCGGAUUUGAAGAGCUUCCAGGGCUGCCAAAAAUCUUACUUCAUAUAACAUAUGGAGCACUUAGGAUUCUUCUAGCAAAACAAGUCAAACAACAGUCUUCCCUGAGGACUCAGGACUUCAAUAUUCUGGCACUGAUGAUUGGACACUCAAUGGCUGGAAUGGAGAAGCGGGAUUUGCAAUAGAACUUGAACUCUAAUCUGCGUUUAUAAAUUACAAUAGAGAAUUAUUAUUAACCACAAGAGUUGUCAUUUUAAAAAUGUUAAAAGGUAUCUGAACUUGCUGUUAACAUUAUUUUAAACACAAGAGCACUAGCUUCAGGAUGCAUAUUGUAUUGUUAAUAAGCAAUUCUGAUUUAUUUUUUAACAGCAUCAUCAGUUAGUAUUAGCCCAGAAAGGAGAAUAAAAUAGACUCUUGGGAAUGUUUUCCCAUCAAUACAGGGAGAUAAAAAGAAUUGAUGCAACCUAGGCUAGCAGAGUUGGUUUUAAAUUAUUUGUAACAGGACAAACACUCCAGAUUUUUUAUGGAAUGAACUAUCCACUUAUUUAUUUAGAAGUAUCUACAUUACUGUAUUGUAACUGGUGCCCUUGUAAAUCUUCAGCCAUCUGACAGGUCAUAUGUCUAUCAGAAUGUCAGGUUGAGAGAGCUUACUUGUGCAAAGCACUUAGGACAGUGCCUGGUGUAUAUCAUGCACUAUAAAAAUGUUUGCUAUAAUGGAAAGGAAUGCUUCUGUGAAUUUUAAGAUAAAUUAACCUAAGUUGUCAAAUGAGUGAAUGACUUUGAGGCUUAAAUCAGCCCAAAAUCUAAUGGGGGAGAGCACAGUCUUUGGAAUUAGGCUGCCUGAGCUUGAAUAUUGGCUGUGCCUCAUAUGAGCUGUUGGUCAUUACACAGGUUUCUUAAUGUCACUGUGCAUUAGUGCUCUCAUUUUUAUGGUGGGAGUAAAAAUGGUGCCUACUCAUAUGAUUGUUAUGAGAAUUAAAUGAACUAAUAUGAGUAAAGAAAGCUCUUGGAACAGUAUCUGCACACAGUAGGCCAAUAAUAUGGACUGCUAUGAAUUAGUGUGCU